GCUUCCCCUUCCGGCCGUGCCGCGGCUCUGUCAACAUGGCAGCGGUGCCGGGCGGGCGGCAGCGCUGCCUCCUCUGGGCGGCAGUGGUUGCACAUGUGGUGGCCUCAGGUGCCGGUUUUGUGGAGGAUCUAGAUGAGUCGUUUAAAGAAAACCGUAAAGAUGAUAUUUGGCUUGUAGAUUUUUAUGCACCUUGGUGUGGCCACUGUAAGAAACUAGAACCUGUGUGGAAUGAAGUGGGCAUAGAAAUGAGAAACAUGGGUUCUCCAGUAAAAGUUGGGAAGAUGGAUGCAACUUCCUUUUCUAGUAUUGCAUCUGAAUUUGGAGUGCGAGGCUAUCCAACAAUUAAGCUCUUGAAAGGUGACUUGGCGUACAACUACAGAGGACCUAGAACCAAAGAUGAUAUAAUUGAAUUUGCUAAUAGAGUGGCAGGACCUCUCAUCAGGCCACUUCCUAGCCAGCAUAUGUUUGAGCAUGUGCAAAAGAGACAUCGUGUACUUUUUGUGUAUGUUGGUGGUGAAUCUCCUUUAAAGGAAAAAUACAUUGAGGUUGCUUCAGAACUAAUAGUUUAUACGUACUUUUUUUCUGCCUCAGAAGAUGUGCUACCUGAGUAUGUGACAUUACCUGAAUUGCCUGCUGUUAUGGUCUUCAAAGAUGGAACUUACUUUGUUUAUGAUGAGUAUGAAGAUGGUGAUUUGUCAUCCUGGAUAAACAGAGAAAGAUUUCAAGGUUACCUUCAUGUAGAUGGCUUUACACUGUAUGAACUUGGAGAUACAGGAAAACUUGUGGCUAUUGCAGUCAUUGAUGAUAAGAACUCUUCAGUGGAACAUACCAGAUUAAAGUCUAUUAUUCAGGAAGUUGCCAGAGAUUAUCGGGAUCACUUUCACAGGGACUUCCAGUUUGGCCAUAUGGAUGGAAAUGAUUACAUUAAUAGUUUACUAAUGGAUGACUUGACAAUCCCUACUAUUGUUGUAUUGAAUACCUCCAAUCAGCAGUAUUUUCUACCAGAUAGGCACAUCGAGAGCACAGAAGACAUGGUUCAGUUUAUUAACAAUAUCCUGGAUGGUACAGCUGAAGGCCUUAAGAUUGCAAGGUCUGAAGAAUGAACUUUUGGAAUCAUAACUGAAAAGUGUCCGCAGUUUUGACAUGGUUCCAUUUGAAA